AUGAAUAGCCGGGUAAGAGAAUUAGCUGAAGUAAAGCAACAGUGGCGCAAUAUGAAACUUGAUGCAAAGAAAAACAUGUCGCAAGUAAAGACAUCUAUCAAAUGUACUGGUGGAGAGCCAAAACCUCUUAGCCCUGACCCGGAAACCAUUGACAUUUUGAGCAUGAUUCCACAGGAAUUUGAGACUGAUUCCAAUGUCUUCGACAGUGACAGCAUAACAAAUCCAGUGGUUCAAAGUCAGGAGCAGUCCUUAGUGAAUACACCAACACAAGAUUAUUUUAUCACUCCAGAAGAUAAUAAUGAGAAUGUGCAAGAGAAUAUUACACCACUACCUUUAAAGAUGCCAACUGAAAUAGUUAGAAGAAAACGGAAACUAACAUUCAAUGAUGUGAAUGAUAAUAAAUAUACAGCCAAACGUGAGGAAAGAGACUUAACCAGAGAGCGCAAUCAUAUUCUUGUCAGUUGCAUAAAGGAGGAGCAUGGUUUAAAAAUGUAA